UUGAAGGAGGUUAGGAGUUUCGGAGCGGAUCUGAUGGAGUGAAGAAGACAGAGCAGGAAAAGAGGAAUAAAGUGACGGUUAACGGUCCGAGCAGAGUCUUGUAAACGCCGCCAUGUCUUCCUGUCGCUUUCUCUGGCUGCUGGCUCUCGCCUUCUUCCAGAGCUCCGUGUCGGCCGAACAGCGGAGGCUCUCUGCAGAAAAUCUGCUGGUGAUCACCGCGGCAACUGAGGAGACGGACGGCUUCAACCGCUUCAUGAGGACGAUCAGAGAGUUCAACUACACUGUGAAGGUGCUGGGUCUGGGGGAGGAGUGGAAGGGGGGUGACGUGGCUCGGACGGUGGGGGGAGGUCAGAAGGUGAGAUGGUUGAAGAAGGAGCUGCUCAAACACUCUGACAACAAGGACAUGGUCAUCAUGUUCGUGGACAGUUACGACGUGAUCUUUGCGUCGGGUCCAGAGGAGCUGCUGUCCAAGUUUUCCCGUCUGGGUCACAGAGUGGUCUUUUCAGCCGAGGGGUUCUGCUGGCCCGACCAGAGGCUGGCCUCCAAGUACCCAGUGGUGCAUUCUGGGAAACGCUACCUCAACUCAGGAGGCUUCAUCGGCUUCGCCGCCGACCUCAGCACCAUCGUCCAGCAGUGGAAGUACAAGGACAACGACGACGACCAGCUGUUCUACACCAGGAUCUACCUGGACAAGACACAGAGGACCAAGUUCAACAUGACCCUGGAUCAUCGGUCCAGGAUCUUCCAGAAUCUGAACGGAGCUGUUGACGAAGUCGUCCUCAAGUUUGAGAGGUCAAAGGUCAGAGCGAGGAACGUCGCCUACGACACACUUCCUGUUGUUAUCCAUGGCAACGGACCGACCAAGCUGCAGUUGAAUUACCUGGGUAACUACGUCCCCACAGCCUGGACCUAUGAGAACGGAUGUGGGAUCUGCGACGACGACCUACUGUUCUUCAGCGACGUACCUGACGAGGAGCUGCCUCUGGUCUACGUCGCAGUGUUUAUCGAACGUGCAACUCCCUUCAUGGACGAGUUCCUGCACCGACUGACCACGCUCAACUACCCCACGGCGAGGAUCCGCCUCUUCAUCCACAACAACGUCGUGUACCACGAACGUCACAUCCAGAAGUUCUGGGAGCGUCACAGGUCUCUGUUCCCCGACGCCCUGCUGGUCGGCCCAGAGGAGAACCUGCAGGAGGGCAAGGCCAGAACCAUGGCUGUUGAGGCAUGUAAGAAGGAUCCAGAGUGUGAUUACUACUUCAGCAUCGACUCUGAAGUGGCCUUGACGAACCCCGACACACUCAGGAUACUAAUCGAGGAAAACAAGUCGGUCAUCGCUCCCAUGUUGUCCAAACACGGGAAGCUGUGGAGUAACUUCUGGGGCGCUCUGAGUCCUGAAGGAUACUACUCCAGAUCUGAAGACUACAUCGAGAUCGUCCAGGGCAAGAGGAUCGGUCUGUGGAACGUGCCCUACAUCACUCAGGCCUACCUGAUCAAAGGCAGCAUGCUGCGGUCCAAACUGUCCCAGGUGAGCCUGUACGUGGACGAGGGGACGGACCCUGACAUGGUGUUCUGCAGGAGCAUCAGAGACCAGGGUGUCUUCAUGUUCGUGUCAAACCGCGAUGAGUUUGGUCGCCUGGUGGCGUCGACCAGCUUCAACACGUCCAGGCUGCACCCGGACAUGUGGCAGAUCUUCGACAACCCUGUGGACUGGAAGGAGAAGUACAUCCACGAGAACUACUCCAGAAUCUUUGAGGAUGAGAAGAGCUUCGUGGAGCAGCCCUGUCCAGAUGUUUACUGGUUUCCAGCUUUCUCAGAGAAGAUGUGUGAUCACAUGGUGGAGACCAUGGAGGACCACGGGGAAUGGUCUGGAGGAUCACACAAGGACGAGCGUCUGGCCGGUGGUUAUGAAAACGUCCCGACUGUGGACAUCCACAUGAACCAGAUCGGCUUUGAGAAGGAGUGGCUGAAGUUCCUGAAAGAGUUCAUCGUCCCCGUCACUGAGAAGCUGUAUCCUGGAUAUUACCCCAAGGCCCAGGCCAUCAUGAACUUUGUGGUGCGUUACCGUCCUGAUGAGCAGCCAUCUCUGCGGCCGCAUCACGACUCCUCCACCUUCACCAUCAACAUCGCCCUGAACAGGAAGGGCAUCGACUACGAGGGCGGAGGCUGCAGGUUCCUGCGCUACGACUGCAAAGUGGAGUCUCCCAGGAAAGGCUGGUCCUUCAUGCACCCCGGCCGGCUGACCCACUACCACGAGGGUCUGCCCACCACCAGGGGGACCAGAUACAUCAUGGUGUCCUUCGUCGACCCCUGAACUGUGUGUGUGUGUGUGUGUGUGUGUGUGUGCGUGUGUGUGUGCGUGCGUGUGUGAACAUCACUCCACCUCAUCGUCACAGAUGAAGACAGACCGGACGGAGGAAUAGACGUGAUGACCUUGAAUGCAUCGUCUCAGAAAUAGUUUUUGUUGUUUGUUGUUUCUGGUUGGAUGAUCCAUCUCACCUGUGUGACACACCUUCACCUGCCACUCAUUAUAACGAGCUGUGAUCAGGUGCGUCCUGUACCAGGUGUACCAGGUGUGACUCUGACAGAGGACCCUGAACGCAUCCUUGUUGACAGUCACUUUAUUUCGUUUUUAUUUCAUUCAUAACUUCAGACGAGCAAAGACAUUUCAGGCAUCGGUCACAGGUAUUUCAAAAUAAGAGUCUCGUAAGUCGUCACCGUGCUGCCUUAUUGUCUAACACUACCUGAAUCUGUGCAGGACACACUCCAUGUCUGUGUGUCCAGCAGGGGGCGCUCACUUCCUGGUUACCGCUGCGACUGUAAUCCACAGCGCCCUGUGCUGGAUCAUGUCAUCUGUAACUUUUUCUCCAAAGUUCCCGACCAGCGAGAGUCAGAACCUGUCUGGGUGAUGCUGGGGUUACCGUAGCAACCAGCAGCCCACAUGUAAACGAAUGGCAUCAGCGGUCAUCAGCUGCUGUCGGCCAAUCAGAAGGCUCAGAUUGAACAGUGAGUGAUGGAGAACAGGAUCCACAGCAGACGUGGAGCAUGAACCUGUAAAAGGAAAGUUUGGUAAAAGUGAAAACGGAGGUGAAACUCCACUUUUAGAUAUUUUAACUGUUACUGGGGAAACACUAAAGGUCUUUUAUAUUUCAUGUUUUAUUCUUGUUGUUUAGUUUUGAAAGAUUCACUUUGCUCAUUUCAGUAGAUUUUCUUCGGUUCUUCGUCUCCAUCUGGACGUUGCGUGUUUUCCGUGGCGGCGGAGUCGGACGCCGUCUCCUCUCAGUCUCUGGCUGCUUAUUUAAAAAUGAAAGUGUUUUGAUGGUUGAGAGUCUGUUGGAGGAACGAGGUUUCCACCUGACGCUGCCUGUAGUUUCUCUCUGCGUGCCUGUCCAUACGAGGAAUCAACUCUCUGGCUUUGUACAAACUGCAUUAAAUUAUUUGUUAAUGACUGAGUGAAUUCUGAGAUUUUAAUAAAUAAUGUUAC